AUGAAGAAGCGGAACGUCUGCAUAUUCUUACUGCUCACGCAGUAUUUUCUCAUUGGUUAGUUUUACCCUCUUAUUGAAUAGAUGACAAGUAAACUUUUCAGCAUCUUCGCUACGGGUAUGUACUAGAAGACAUUACAAAGUUCAUUCAAAUGCCAUACUUCAAAGGUACUACUCACUCUCCAGUUUACUGUUGGUUUUCUAACUGUUUCUAAGCUGCAGAGUUGAAUUGGUCUCAUCUGAACGAUGCGUUGAACGCUGCAUCGAAGACAUGCAGUACUGCUUCAUUGCUCAAUUCGUCAAAGACGAAAAUGAGGUGAGAUAAGUUCCAUUUGUAUAAAUUCUUAACACAUUGUUCAGGAACUUGGAUUAUGCACACUGUUCAAUGAGACGACCGAUGCUGAUAUUCAUCCGGACGCCACAAUCUCCCCUCUCACUAUCAUUUACGAACUUCUUGACAAAUGCCCGCCCUUUACUGCAAGUGAUAUCACUCACAGAAUCUCGAAACUUCACCGAGAUGCUCUGCUCGACGGCCGAGACGCAGGUAUUCUCUUUUUUCCGUGUCUCACUAGUCAAUCACGUAAAUCACUUGCAGAAGGCAAUAAAGCUCGCCUAGCUGACGCAUUUUUCCCGGAAAGUAGGGACCAUGUCGGUUCUGACGAUGAAUUCAAACUCGAAGGAGAACGAUACGCAGUAAGUUUCAUCUGAUUUUUCAAAGGAAUCAAUCAAAUCAAUCAAUCUUUCCAGGUGAUGCGUAGCAUUGAGGAAGUGGAAAUUCAAGCAGCCAAAAACCGAGUGGAACUUCCACGCGAUCCAUUCAAUGACGGUCCUCGGUUCCACCAAUCUUCUCACGAACGAGAACGAGGCGAUGACAAGGAUCGGCAGAGAGAUCGAGACUACCUGAAGACGAUCGACACUCCAGAAAGACCAAUCCGCCCGACUAUUCUGCAUCGAGGACAACAAUCGCAGCAAAUGAGCGCCCAGCCGAUGGCAGCCGGCAAUCCGUGCUUGCGUAAUUAUUGCCCGAAUUCGAGUGCGUUUGAUCAUUGAACGUUUUCAGCGAAUUCUGAUUGUGCUCGUACUAUGUACUCACUUGACAAUGCACCAUGUCCGGCCAGACAGGGCGAUCCUUGUGCUCCGAGAAAACCAUGUAUGAACGACGAUUGUUAUCACAUCGCUCCACCCGGCGAAGCAGCUCAACCACCAGCUCCGGAAUGGACCGAGUGGUCAGAAUGCUCUGCAAGUUGUGGAAUCGCACUGAGAACUAGACAGUGUUUAGGUAAUCUCUCAGCUUAAUUUCUAAAUCUCCAUUAUUCAUUCAUAAUCAUCAUUCAGGUGGUAUCAGUUGUAUUGGACCGUCAACGAUUCCAUGUCAAGUCCCUGAAUGUGCCGUUUGGACCCUCUGGAGCCCCUGGUCGUUGUGCACUGCAACAUGCGGAGUCGGGGAAAUUCAGAGGAACCGAGUUUGUCAGACAGGCCGAAACUGUGAAGGACCGAGUGUGGUACGUUUUUCCCUUUGAAAUGCCAAAACUGUUUGCCUUUUCCUGCCGGCAAGCCCCAUUCGCUUUCACCCAGGAACCAGCCAGACGGGGGCUAUAUGUUGCAUCAUUUUGAAAAGGCCAAUUAGGACGCCCGCGGAGACGUUUGUACACAUUCCACUCAAUGCCAACGCGCGUACCUGAGACGGACGGGUUUCCGGAACAAAAGAUGAACACUUGUACUGAAGAAACAUACGAAAUGUACUGGAUUUCAGGAAGUGGAAGCGUGCAAGGCUCUGCUCCCUUGCCCUUCCUGGUCCUCUUGGACGGCGUGGACAGGCUGUGGCAACUCUUGCGGCAAAGGAAUCGAAAGACGGUCGCGAAUCUGCCAGGUGAGACGGCUAUAAUUGAGGUUAUGUGUCAAUGAAGCAUUUAAAAGAGGAAACAAACAAAAAGUAAAAGUGACUUCAGAAUGGAUUGCUUUGUCCCGGCCCGCCAACUGAGGAGAGAACCUGCGAUCGGGGACCAUGCCCUCACUGGUCUGCGUGGGGAGGAUGGGAGAAGUGUAGCAAAGAGUGUGGCACAGGACAUACGGUAGGCCUAUCAUCGAAUAAUUGUAAAUUAACGGAGAUUUCAGUAUCGAACACGUGAAUGCCUGGAUGGUCCUUCCUGCGAAGGGGCAUCUGAAGAAAAGAUAUUGUGUAACCAGCAACCUUGCCCGCAAUGGUCAACAUGGACGGCGUGGACCGUUUGUGAUGAAAGAUGUGGCGAGGAGUCCAUCCGUCUCAGAAACAGGUAUCACAAAUGCGUCAAAUGUUCCUGCAGUAUUCCGUAACAGAAAGUGUCUGAACGCUGAAAACAACAACGCUUGUGACGGACCUGCUCAGGAUCAAAUGAGCUGUCCUUAUCGUGAUUGCCCGAAAUGGGAAGAGUGGGCUGAAUGGUCCGACUGUUCCACUACCUGCGGUCAAGGAACACAAAAAAGGUAUAAUCACAUCAUUACUUGAUUGCAUUUUAAUCCUACGUUUUCAGAAUCCGAGAGUGUGAUACUGCAAACGAAUGCACAGGGCCGUCCGAGGAAAUGCGCUUCUGCCAAGUAGCGUCUUGUCCGUUUUGGGGAGAUUGGAGUCCAUGGAGCGGAUGCUCUGUGAGCUGUGGACGUGGAGUUUGCGAAAGAACCAGACGGUGUAUCACUGAUGACUUCUUACAACUCCCGACCCUUGAAGAGCUGGAGAGAGACGACUCGCUUGAAAAACAUGGUAAUUUCAAUAUCAUUCUCCCCCCAAUUUGUUCAUGUUCUGUUCAGAAGCGAAAGAAGCUCUGAUCGCACGUGCGAAGACAAUUUCAAAGUACCAUAGGACGAACGAGGUACUAAAGUAGCGUAUUUUGUAUCCAAUCCGCCUUUUCGCCUAUUUUGCAGACUCGAUUAGCUCCUUUCCGGCCGUUAAGCCCCGAGCCACAACUCGGCGGCACAUGUGAUGGGCCCGAGAUGGAGACGAAAGUCUGUGAUGCAGGUAGCUUCGUCCGAAAAUAGAGAAAGUGCAAUCAGAGUUUGCUUUUUAGGUCCUUGUUGUGUCUGGAAUCGAUGGACAGAGUGGUCACCAUGCAUCGGAUGUGGCAACGAUGGAGUGACGAAGAGAAAUCGAGUGUGUUCCAUGGAAGGUCAAUCCCCCGCGCCUCCGCCUAUCAGCUUCCAAGUGAGACCCCAGACAGACCGGAAAUUGUGAAAAUCAUAGCAAAAAGUACAGGACGAUAAUCGAGGCACCUACAUGACCUCACCAACAGGUCAAGCACCGCUGGCGUCUAAUCUUCUCGCAGGGCUAACUCCAAUAGUUCCGGUGGAGAUUCACAGAGGCAAACGACAAGUUCUUUUCGGAAUCCAGUCUUCUCCACAGUGUCACUGCCCUGGUGACUCCUUCCAGACAAAACCCUGUCUCGAACCAAAUCCAUGUCAAGAUCCAGUUCCGAGAUGUGAAUGGUCCGAGUGGGGAGAAUGGUGUGGAUGCAUGAAAUGCAGGGUGAGAGCCUACAACAACAUCACCAACAAUAAUCAAACUUGCAGCCAGGGAAAGAAGUCCGUCGUCGGUUCUGCGACAGAAGUCCGAUUGGUCAAGGUGGGCCGUCGAGACCGGAUUCAAGUUGUGACUGCGGAAAUGAAGAUGACUCACAAGAGCGUUCAUGUCCGAUGGAACAGAACUGUUACGGUACUGGAAGGUACAGCAAUGCGGCAAGCCUGCGAAACUCCAAGGAGCGCCAGGACUAUCGAGGAAGAACGAGCAGUCUGCGGAACCCUCCCGGUACUACCACAUCCGAAGCUUUAAAAAUAUAUCCUUUUUCUAGUGCAAAGUCGAAAUCGGGAUGAAAACAGAAGACGUCCGUCUCAUUCUACAACUGAUGAUCAGUACGUUCCAAUCGACUCGGUUAUCGGACGGGUUCAAGUGAGUACUACUCAUGUUUCAUUGUGUCUAUCCAAUCUUUUUGCAGCUACGAGGCAAAGAAUCGCCACCGUAUAACAAGAAAGAUAAUCCAGAAGCGUUCGAAACCACCGAGUUCCCUUACAAAGCGAGUCUAUUUUCCGUCCAUUUUCUGCCUCUGCAAAUUUUUUGCAAAUUCGAAUUCGAAUUCGGGAUUUGCAUUCAAUUUCCAAUUCCAAUUUCCUUUUUUGCGAAUAGCUGAACUCUUUCGUAAAUUCGACUGCAAUUACCAGAGUAGAGAACGUUUUGGCAUUAGCAUUUGUCCUCUCAGGUCCCUGAAGAUUGCUUCGUUAGCGCCGUACGUGCACUUUAGCACAAACAGUUGAACAACUUAUUUUGGAUUUCUGAACAUUUAGGUGUGUCACUGGUCGAAAUGGUCGGAUUGGAGUGGAUGCCACGAGAAUGCGACUCGCGAGAGGAAGCGUUUUUGUGUCGGAGAAAAAGGUUAUGAGUUUGAAUGCAAAAAUGCCCUAUCUCUGAUCGAGUCCUCUUUUUAGAUUCCGAAUUAGUCAGCAAUUGUGAGUGUGUCGGAAAGCCACACGAAGAGGAGGCCUGCAACGCCACAGGGUUCAUCGAGCAGAGCAAUGAGGAGACCGACAGAGAAGUGUGUUCUUCGGCGCAGAGCCCCGCACGAAACGCGGUAAAGAAAACAAACUGAGGCGUCUUUCCUUUUUUUCAGAUAGAAAACAAUCUCGAUAAGCUACUCGGGGAAGAGUCUGCAGCAGGCGAGGAAGUUGAGGAGAAAGAAGAGGCCAAACCAAAAACUGAGAGCCCAGUCAACACCGUUCAAGUAAGCAGCCAUCCACGCGUGCCGGGGCUUCUGCAAAAAUUUCUGCAAAAACCAAUUAUUUCAGUGCGACUGGACGAGGUGGUCCCAGUGGAGCGUAUGCACGGCCUCUUGUGGAGAGGGGCGCCGAAUGAGACGAAGACGCUGCCCCUGCGGGUAAUCGAGCCGAUGACUCGAACUUUAUCUCUUUAUUCUGUUUUGCAGCGAUGCCAAAUGUGGCUCCGGCAUAGACUCGGAUUCGGAGACAUGCACGAACGGCCUGUGCGCGCCAAGCCUCGCAGAACGUCGCAAACCAAUCUUCACCAUCCUGCCGGCGUCCUCGUCAUCCGCUUUCAUUAAUUAG